UUCCCCAAGGCAAAGAUCUCCGGGGUCCUUUAAAUAGGUGGAUCCCUCCCUGGGAGCUCUCAUUUCUUGGUCCCUCCUCAUGAGGGAAGACCUUGCGUCCAGGGCCCCAUCGGGAGAUGCUGGUGAUCUGGAUCCUGACACUGGGUCUCUGGCUCUGGGCACCUGCCCCAGUGACACGGGGCGCUGCGAGUUCUGUAGCUCCAUGGAGUCCUGGAGAGGCAUCCAUCAGCCCAGCUGUCUCGGGACCAACCGCCACUGGUGUCACCCAGAUAUCCACAGACCACAGCACCAUCUCUGAUUCCUCUAAACCCACGGACUCAUCUGUAACCACCUUUACCAGAGAAUAUGGAAGUCCUGAGCCCACCUCAAGUCCCAGUGAUGCCUUUUCUACUUCCAGUAGUUUUGGCCAAACCACCAUGUUCUUUCCAGUGGCUUCCACAGUCUCCUCGACCCUCUCUGAUUCAUCAAAUCCUACAUUUUCACCAGACACCCCCCAUACCACUGACAAGGAAAGUCCUUCAUCCUCUCUGGGUCCAGGUCCAUCACCCACCAGCACUCAGGUCUCUGGACAAACAGCCACGCCUUUCACUAAAGAGACAACUGCCUACACACACAUUUCAGAUUUGUCAACAACACCGACUUCUGGUGAAACGUCCUACACCCAGGAUGAUGAAGGGACCACGUCCCCUUCGAGUCCUGGCCUGCUGUCUUCCAACCCUGGGAUUUCAGGACAGACAAACACAGGCCUGACCGAGGGGCCUUCUGUCUAUACAGACACACCUAAUGGGUCCAAACCUACCAGUACCUCGGACAGCACAGUUACCAAGGAGGAUGGAAGUUCUGCUUCCACAUCUGGGCCUGCUGAAUCAUUUACCACUUCUGGUGUUGAUCCACACACAGGCACAACUUUACCUCCAAGAUCCCCUCCUUACACCACCACCUCAGAGGUGUCUGCACCCACAGUUUCAACUCACUCUUCCUACAGCACGGACGAGGCAAGUGCUACUUCUCAGUCAAGUCCUAGUGAUUUAUUUACCACCAGUGUGCUCUCUGAACAAUCAGCCAGGACUCUCACAGAGAAGCCAACUGUCCACACCAUUUCUGAUUCAUCUGAAUCAACAGCUUCUUCCUACAGCCUCAGAACCCCAGGCCUUGGCAGUUCUGCAGCACCCUCGAGUCCUGGAGAAUUCUCUUCCAGCCCAGUUGGCUCACGACUGACUGCAUCUACAGUCACCCAGCCAUCCACAGAGCACAGCACCGUGUCUGAUUCUUCUCAACCUCCAGACUCAUCAGCAACCACUUAUACCAAGGAUGAUGAAAGUCGUGUGCCUACAUCAGGUCCCACUGAAUCUUUAACCACCUCUCCUGGUUCUGGACCACCAGCCUCACCCACAGCUAUGGAGUCUACUUUCUCCACAAGCAUCUCAGAGUCGUCAGAAUACACAGUGUCUUCCUAUAGUACAGAUUCUUCAACUCCAUCAGACCAUGAAGGAUUUCCCACCGCUUCCCUGACCACUGGACACAGCGCUAUAACUUUUACUGGAUUGCUCUCUGUCUUUACAACUAUGCCUGAUUUGUCCAAAACAACCAUUUCUUCUGAAACCUUCUAUACCAGUGGCGAUGGAAGUGCUGUGUCCCCUUCCAGUCCUGCCCAGCCUUCUAGCACCCUCUCUGCCUCAGCACACACAACCACAGGCCUCGUGAAAGGAUCCAGCAUGGUUACAGGUACCACUCAUUCAUCAGAACCUACAGUUAUCUCAGAAAGCACUGUUACCAAAGAGGAUGGGCUUUCUGCUUCCACAUCAAAAACCACUGAAUCCUUUACUACAAAGGAUGAUCACCAACAAACAACCACAUCCAUUGCUGGGGGGUCUACUUUCUACCCCCCCUCAGAGCUGUCCACACCAACAUUUUCAACAACUCACACCUCCUACAGCACAGAUAAUGCAAGUCCUGCCUCCGAAUCUAGCAUCAGUGAGCUCUCUACCCUCACUGUGGUCACUGAACGAACAGACCCAACUCUCACAGGUGACACAACCGUCCACACCUCUGUGUCAGAUUCAUCUGAGACCACAGUAUCACCUGAGGUUUCUCAUGCCACAGGCGCUGCGAGUUCUGUAGCUCCAUGGAGUCCUGGAGAGGCAUCCAUCAGCCCAGCUGUCUCGGGACCAACCGCCACUGGUGUCACCCAGAUAUCCACAGACCACAGCACCAUCUCUGAUUCCUCUAAACCCACGGACUCAUCUGUAACCACCUUUACCAGAGAAUAUGGAAGUCCUGAGCCCACCUCAAGUCCCAGUGAUGCCUUUUCUACUUCCAGUAGUUUUGGCCAAACCACCAUGUUCUUUCCAGUGGCUUCCACAGUCUCCUCGACCCUCUCUGAUUCAUCAAAUCCUACAUUUUCACCAGACACCCCCCAUACCACUGACAAGGAAAGUCCUUCAUCCUCUCUGGGUCCAGGUCCAUCACCCACCAGCACUCAGGUCUCUGGACAAACAGCCACGCCUUUCACUAAAGAGACAACUGCCUACACACACAUUUCAGAUUUGUCAACAACACCGACUUCUGGUGAAACGUCCUACACCCAGGAUGAUGAAGGGACCACGUCCCCUUCGAGUCCUGGCCUGCUGUCUUCCAACCCUGGGAUUUCAGGACAGACAAACACAGGCCUGACCGAGGGGCCUUCUGUCUAUACAGACACACCUAAUGGGUCCAAACCUACCAGUACCUCGGACAGCACAGUUACCAAGGAGGAUGGAAGUUCUGCUUCCACAUCUGGGCCUGCUGAAUCAUUUACCACUUCUGGUGUUGAUCCACACACAGGCACAACUUUACCUCCAAGAUCCCCUCCUUACACCACCACCUCAGAGGUGUCUGCACCCACAGUUUCAACUCACUCUUCCUACAGCACGGACGAGGCAAGUGCUACUUCUCAGUCAAGUCCUAGUGAUUUAUUUACCACCAGUGUGCUCUCUGAACAAUCAGCCAGGACUCUCACAGAGAAGCCAACUGUCCACACCAUUUCUGAUUCAUCUGAAUCAACAGCUUCUUCCUACAGCCUCAGAACCCCAGGCCUUGGCAGUUCUGCAGCACCCUCGAGUCCUGGAGAAUUCUCUUCCAGCCCAGUUGGCUCACGACUGACUGCAUCUACAGUCACCCAGCCAUCCACAGAGCACAGCACCGUGUCUGAUUCUUCUCAACCUCCAGACUCAUCAGCAACCACUUAUACCAAGGAUGAUGAAAGUCGUGUGCCUACAUCAGGUCCCACUGAAUCUUUAACCACCUCUCCUGGUUCUGGACCACCAGCCUCACCCACAGCUAUGGAGUCUACUUUCUCCACAAGCAUCUCAGAGUCGUCAGAAUACACAGUGUCUUCCUAUAGUACAGAUUCUUCAACUCCAUCAGACCAUGAAGGAUUUCCCACCGCUUCCCUGACCACUGGACACAGCGCUAUAACUUUUACUGGAUUGCCCUCUGUCUUUACAACUAUGCCUGAUUUGUCCAAAACAACCAUUUCUUCUGAAACCUUCUAUACCAGUGGUGAUGGAAGUGCUGUGUCCCCUUCCAGUCCUGCCCAGCCUUCUAGCACCCUCUCUGCCUCAGCACACACAACCACAGGCCUCAUGGAGGGAUCCAGCAUGUAUACAGGCACCCCUCAUUCAUCAAAAUCUACAGUUAUCUCAGACAGCACUGUUAGCAAGGAGGAAGGACUUUCUGCUUCCACAUCAAGAACUGCUGAAUCCUUUACUACAAAUGCUGAUCACGGACAAAUAACAACAUCCUUUGUUAUGGGGUCCACUUUCUCCACCUCCCCCUCAGAGCUAUCCACAACAAUAGUUUCCACCCACUCUUCCUAUCUCACAGAUUCCGUUAUACCCACAGAUCCAUUAACAACCAUAUUUACCAAGGAUGAUGGAAGUACUAGAUCAACACUGAGCUCUAGUGAAUCGUUUACCAGUUCUCAAAGUGAUGUACAAACAACAGAGUCUUUUACUAUGGAAUCUGCCGUCUCCACAACUGUCUCCAAUAUGUCACACCCUACCGUUUCCCUCAGUACCUUCUUGACUACUGGAAAGGGAAGUUCUUCAUCUCCUUCUGGUCCUAGUGUAUCCUCUACAUCUAGUCAGUCAUCUGGACCAACAGCCACAACAGUCUCCUUUACAGAAGAGAGAACUCUCUACACAAACAUUUCUGAUAUGUCCACAUCAACCAUUUCCUCUGAGACUACCUCUGUCCACGAUGAAGGAAGUUCUACAUCCUCCUCAAGUUCUAACAUAUCGUCUACCACCCCCACUGUCUCAGCAGAGACAACCACAGGCAUCAAAGUGAAAUCCACUCUCUCUACAGGCACCCCCAAUUUAUCCAAAUCUACAGAUACUUUGGCGACUGUUGUUACCAAAGACAAUGGUAUUUCUUUUUCCUCAUUAAAUGUCAUUGAAUCCUCUACGACUUCUGGUGGUGAUGCACACUCAAGCACAUCUUUUCCUCAAGGAUCCACCUUGUAUACAAUCACCUCAGAGCUGCCCACACCAUUAUUUUCUACCCAUUAUUCUUACAGCACAGACAAUGCAAGUCCUGCUUCUCCAUCAAUCCCCAGUGAACUCUCUACUCCCACUUGGAUCUCUGAACAAACUACUACAACUCUCACAGAGGAGCCAACAAUCCAUGCCACCAUUUCAGAAUCAUCUGAAUCAACGGUUUCUUUCUACAGCCCCCAUCCCACAGGCACUAGGAGUUCUGCUACCCCAUGGAACCUUGGAGAGGCAUCUACUAAUCUAGCUGUCUCAGGAACAACUGCCAGUAUGGUCCCCUUGAAAUCCACAGGGCAUAGCACAAUCUUUGAUUUUUCUCAACCCACAGACUCAUCUGCAACCACUUUCACCAAAGAGGAUAGAAGUUCUAUGUCCACAUCUAUCCCCGGCAAAUCUUUUACCACCUCUGGUGGUGAUGGACAAACAACUUUUCCUCCAGGAUCCACAUUCUAUACAAUAACCUCAAAGGUGUUGACACCAACAUUUUCUUCCCACUCUUCCUAUAGCACAGACAAAGCAAGUUCUGCUUCCCCAUCAAGCCCCAGUGACCUCUCUAACCAGACUGUACUCUCUGAACAAACCACCAUGACUCUUACAGAGGAGUCAACUGUCUACACCAGUGCUUCUGAUUUGUCCCAAUCUACUGUUUCCUCUGAAACCUCUUUUACCAGAUUUGAAGGAAGUUCCUCUUCAGGUCCUGGCCAGCUCUCUACCACCUCUGGUGUCUCACAAGAGACAUCCUCAAGCCUAAGUGAUGGGUCUACUGUCUAUACAGACACCCCUGAUUUGUCCAAAACUACAGUAACCUCAGACACCACCCUUUCUAACGAGAACAUAAGUUCUGCUGCUACUUCAAAUUCAGGCGAAACUUUUCUCACUACAGGUGGAUAUCAAGAAACACCCACAUCCUUUACUAUGGAAUCAACUGUCUCCACAAUCCUCUCAGAUUUAUCAAAUCCAACAGUUCCACAUGGUACCGUCUAUACUACUGAGAAUGCAAGUUCUUCUUCCCCAUCUGGUCCUGGUGAAUUAAUUUCCAGUACUCUAGUCUCUGGGCAAACACCCACAUCCCUUCCUGAAGCACCCACUGUCCACACAACCAUAACUGAUUUGUCUUACUCCGCUGGUUCAGUGGUUGCCUCCUCCACCAAUGUCAAUGGAAGUUUUACUUCCACACCAAGCCCCGGUGAAUUAUCCACUACCACCUUGGUCUCUGGACAAACAACCACACUUUUCACAGAAAAGCCAACCAUCUACACCAUUUCUGAUUUGUUCAGUUCUACAGUUUCUGUUGACACCUCCUCUACCACUCCUAGUGGGGGUCCUGCACCCUCAUCAGGUUCUGGCUUGUUGUCCUCCACUACCAUCACAACCAUCACUGAGGAAUCGAGUGUCUUCACCACUACCACUUAUUCCUCUAAUACAAUGGAUUCAUCUGAUGCCCCCAAUACCACUGAAGAUCUUAGUGCAUUAUCUUCAUCAAGGCCCAUCCAUUCCUUUUCACCCCCAGUCUCUGGACAAAUGCCCACCACCUUGGGUGAGAAUUUCACUCUUUUCAUCACCAGCAGUGAUUCUGCCAAACCAACGAUUUCUACUUCAAUCCCCUCUUCCACAGACAGCUCUAGUCCUGCAUCCCCAUCAGCUCUCACUUUCUCUUCUACAACUAGAGACAUCUCCAGACCAACAGCCACCACCCUCAGAGGAGGAUCUACUAUUUUCCAAAGCAGCGCAGGGUCACCAAACACAACAAUAUCAUCUGACAGCUCCCAAACCACUACCUCUCAUACUUCUUCUUUAGCCUCAGCUCUUCCUAGCUUGUCCUCAAGGCCAGUCUCUGACUCUUCCUCAGCCGUUACAGAUUCCUCUGGUUUUUCUCCUCCUCUGUCCUCCACUUCACAUGGCUCUACCCAUGCUCCAGUCCUUGGGUUCAGUACGUCUUCAACUCUCCAUCCUCUGUUCACUAGCACCCAUACAACUGUGAUGACGACCCAGUCUUCAGCUAUGACACCAAGCCAGUGCCAGAAUGGGACCAUCUGGAAUGGAAAAGAGUGUGUCUGUGCCCAAGGCUUCUUCGGUUACCAAUGCAAGUCCCUUGUGGACUCCUUCUUCCUAGAAAUCCCAGAAAUAAUCAAUGCCACUUUAGGUGUGACAGUAAAAGUGACUAACAAGAAUUUCACAAAAGAUCUGAAUAACAUAUCCUCCCCAGAAUACUGGAAUUUCACUCAACUAUUCAAGAGUCAGAUGGAUAAAGCUUACAUGGGCAAAGACUUUCCCCAGUACAGAGGCGUGAUCAUUAGGAGACUGUUUAAUGGCAGUGUUGUGGUGGAACAUGACGUCAUCAUGGAGGCAAACUACACUUCAGAGUUUGACGAACUAUUUGCAAACCUCUCUAAACUCAUAAAGGUCAAGAUUAUGAAUGAGACCAAAAGGCUAUCUGGUGAUUCUGAAGAGUGCAGAGCCUCCUCACAUCUGUGCUUCAGUGAGGAAGCCACCAUCGUGAGCGAGAACGUGAUGCUGGGGUUUGACUUGAAGGAGCAAUGCACUCAGAAGGCUGCGAAGGACUAUGCCCAGUUCUACUUUGUGGAUGAGCUGGAUGGGAAGCUGGCCUGUGUGACCAAAUGCACCUCAGGGACAAAGUUGCAACUGAACUGUAAUGAGGGAGAAUGCCAGCUGCAACGCAGUGGCCCCCACUGCCUAUGCCCAACCUCGGACACACACUGGUACUGGGGAGAGACGUGUGCAUUGAGCACCAGCAAGAGCCUGGUGUAUGGGAGUGUGGGGGCCGUGGGAGCACUGCUGGUGGUCAUGGUGGUGAUCCUGACUGUCUUCCUUGGCCGAUCCCAGAGAAAACUGCACAGGUGAGCUUAUGGAUUCGGGCCCAGGGAAAGGGGGCCACAAGACCCCAAGGCUCUCCUCCUUGCCCUCAGCGUUUGGAAGUCUGCUGGGGACCCAGCCCCACUCAGUUCUGGUUAACAGCACAGGGCAGCCCGCUGAUCUGAUCUGUUUGGCAGAGAGAUGCGACCAAACACUUGUGUCCUGAAAUUGGAUUAUGUGAUGACAUUACCUGGUGUUAUCACUUUGGCUGCCACAGGGCACCCCUGGGGAUGAGCUCUCCAGCAUUGCUUUCCCAGCAGUAAAAUGGGGGG